GGAAGGAGGUGGGGCUUCUGAGGAGGCAGCCUGGGAGGUGAAUGUCACACUGGGGCUUUCCCAAACCAAGGCUGGAGAGAGGAAUGGAGCCCUGGCGCCCCAACCCAAGAAACCCAAUGGACAGGAUAUAUCCUAAAACCUUCUGUUUCAACUUUCGAAACCUGCUCUAUGCUAAUGGGCGGAAACUCUGUUAUCUCUGCUUCCAAGUGGAGAGAGAAGACGACUUCUCGUAUAAUGACAGCGACCGGGGAGUUUUUCGGAACAAGGUCCAUCCCUGGGCUCGAUGUCAUGCAGAACAGUGCUUCCUCUCUUGGUUCCGUGACCAGUAUCCAUACCGUGAUGAGUAUUACAAUGUCACCUGGUUCGUAUCCUGGAGCCCCUGCCCCACCUGUGCAGAGGAGGUGGUUGAGUUCCUGGAGGAGUACAGGAACUUGACGCUGAGCAUCUUCACCUCCCGCCUCUACUACUUCGGCGACCCGAAUUACCAGGAGGGGCUUUGCACACUACGGGAUGCAGGGGUCCAGCUGGACAUCAUGUCCUAUGAUGAUUUUAAACACUGUUGGGACAACUUUGUGUACAACAAGGGAAUGCGCUUCCAGAGACGGAAUCUGUUAAAAGAUUAUGAUUUCCUGGCUGCAGAGCUUCAAGAAACCCUUAGAAACCCAAUGGACAGGAUAUAUCCUAAAACCUUCUGUUUCAACUUUCGAAACCUGCUCUAUGCUAAUGGGCGGAAACUCUGUUAUCUCUGCUUCCAAGUGGAGAGAGAAGACGACUUCUCGUAUAAUGACAGCGACCGGGGAGUUUUUCGGAACAAGGUCCAUCCCUUGGCUCGAUGCCAUGCAGAACAGUGCUUCCUCUCUUGGUUCCGUGACCAGUAUCCAUACCGUGAUGAGUAUUACAAUGUCACCUGGUUCGUAUCCUGGAGCCCCUGCCCCACCUGUGCAGAGGAGGUGGUUGAGUUCCUGGAGGAGUACAGGAACUUGACGCUGAGCAUCUUCACCUCCCGCCUCUACUACUUCUGGCACCCAAAUUACCAGGAGGGGCUUUGCAAGCUAUGGGAUGCAGGGGUCCAGCUGGACAUCACGUCCUAUGAUGAUUUUAAACACUGUUGGGACAACUUUGUGUACAACAAGGGAAUGCGCUUCCAGAGAUGGAAUCUGUUAAAAGAUUAUGAUUUCCUGGCUGCAGAGCUUCAAGAAAUCCUUAGGUGAGGGCGUCCUCAGCCCCCCUGCAGCUGCUGUUCCUUGCGUCUCCCACCACCGCACCUCCCUCCCCAGCGCCUCCGGUCCCCGCCCCACCCCACCCCCGCUUCCUCCUGCGCAUCCUCCCUCCUCCCUCAAGGCCUCCUUCUCCCCCAUGAGGGAGCCCCCAGCCUGGUUCCUCCCAUCUCACCACAUUCCCCUUGUUGUUAAUAAACUGAAUGUAAAUGGG